AAACUAUCAUUAAUUAAAUUAUUAGUUAAUGAAUAUAAACUAGAUCCUCAAGUUAAAACUGGUGAUGGUAUGCAAGCAGUUCAUUUUGCAGCUGAAGUUGGUGCUAUUGAUGUCUUAGAGUAUUUAGUAAAAGAUUGUGAAUGUGAUUUGGAUAGAGUAGACGGAGCAGCUAAAAUGAGUGUGCUCCAUUAUUCUACAUUGAAUGGUCACUUUUCAUUUAUUAAGUAUAUUAUUAAUAAUUAUCCACAAUAUACUAGUCUAUUAAAUUCUACUGAUGAUAAUAAUGGUUUACCUAUCCAACAUGCCUGUGUUGGUAGUGGUUUAAUACAACUAGUGACAUUUCUAUUUAAAAUGAAAUGUGAUUUCACUAUUGAAGAUAAAGAUAGCUACAAUUGUGUGACAUGGGCAUGUGAAAAUGGUAAUCUUGAUCUUUUAAGAUUAUUAAUAAAACAAUACAAACUCAAUCCUAAAAUAUUUGACAGGGCAACUUCACCAGAAGCUGCAGUAGCAGCUGGACAUGUUCAUAUACUAGAAUGGCUAAGACAUGAGUAUCAUAUCAAUGUAGCCUCAUUCAAGAAUGGUUUAUUACCUUUUCUUGCUGCAAAAUACAACCAUUUGUAUUGUUUAAAGCAUUUAUUAAACAAUUAUUCAUUUGAUAUUAAUGCCACUGAUCCUACUGGUAAUACUCAAUCUACACUCCUUCACAUAGCAUGUCAGGAAGGACAUGUUGCUAUAGUUCUCUACCUCACUAGUCUUCCUCAGUGUGACGUAUCAGCUAAAACUUCAAAUGGAUCAACAACUCUUCAUUUAUCAUGUAAAAGUCAUUCUCUUCCUACACUCAAACAUCUAGUGGAGGAGCAUCAGUUGGAUCUCACUAUUAAAGAUUACAAUGGAAUGGCUCCAGUUCAUUUAGCCUGUGAAGAAGGAUCAUUGAGUAUAGUCAAGUACAUUAUAGACCAUUCACCAUUAUCUCUUGAUAUGACCGACUCUUUUGGACGUACUCCACUACUUAUUGCAGCUUUCUCUAAGAACCUUCCCAUCAUUCGUUACCUCAACAGUAAAAACUGCAACAUUUCUAUACUGGACGAUAAAGGGUUUAAUGUAAUACAC